UUCAAACGAGCCACGAACGAGAACGGGCCGGGCUUAAAACGUUCUUACGCCAUACAAGAAAACCAUUUUUUGUAGUGAGCCAAGCAGACAGUCAGUGGACAGAAAAUAUCGGAUCAAGCAAAGAGGAAGAAGUCUAACGAGUUUGAACUGUUUCAAGUGAAAAAGUGAUUAUCCUGACGGUGGAAAAUAGGAGCUUGAGCCAUUUUCCUAGGACAGAAAAUCUUGGUUCCACGAUUUUCCACGGAGAAAAAAAGUGUGUGUAUGCGCGAUUGAUGAGUUUAAGAGGUGGAAGCAGAACGGUGCUUUGAUAGAAGAAAACGAGUGUGUGAAGAACAGGAACCAACCCUGAUCAAUCGUCGAGAAAAUUGACUCGGAUUUCCUGCUACUUAUCCAUAGUAUUCUCCAUUUAGAGCGCCUUUGUAGAUAUUUGAAGCUUAUUUAGGAAAAAUAAUAAAAAAAUAGUUAUAUUUCACAAUGUGUACAGAAAUUUCCCAGAGCAACGGAUGAGUGUGUCGAUUUGAAAAAGGGAAUCACUAUUGAAAAAAGGAUUUGGGAAACACACACUGCAGUGGCCGUCGAGGGAAAGUGCGUCGUUUUAUGUGAAGAAGACGAGUGGAAAUAAAGAAAAGAAAGAAGCAAUCGCGAAGGGAAGAAAAAUUUGUCCAUUUUUUCCACAAGAGUGUUCGCCGAUGCUUUCCGGAAAAGUGUUAGAUUUGUUUCUAGUGAGUUAGUAAAUUGUUCUGGAUACACUGCGUGUGUGUGUUGACCCGCCCCUGUUUAGAAAACCUUCAACCAACAGAGAGAAGAAAAAAGAACAGACCUUGGGUCCAGUUUUUUCAUCAUUUGUCAACGGAGUUCCAGCAACAAAGUCCAACAACGAUUCAUCAUCACCAUAGUGGAUAGGCGAAGAUAGAUGCGUCAUUUUCGACAUGGCGCCGUGUAUAUUACUGUGAUCUGUGGCACGAGAUUCAUGAGCCCCAUACCAUCGUUGACGUUGACCACAAGAUGAGUGGAAUCCGUCGCGGGGCAGAAUCUCUUCUCAAGUUAAUACCGCUGUAGAAUUGUUAUCUUUGUGAUGAAUACAGUUUGAUCAUGGUUCGCAAAAAAGAAGAACGAUAGAUUUUUGAUUUUCCGGUGUGCAUUUGUACAUAGUUUAGUAACGACAUUUACAUCGCAGAUUCAGAAAAAAAAGCUGUGAAGCAGUGAAAGCUAGUGAGUGAGUGCUAGAAGAUCGUGACCGAAGUUGAGGAAAGUUAAGUCACACAGAUAGUAGCAAUAAAGGACAGCAGUGUAAACAUCCCCGUCCUGCACGAGUUCGCGAGUGCAACGUGCCGCAGCCCCUCCCACGUUCGAUGUUCGAUUCCGAAUCCGGCUUGGAUAUCUAACACGGGCGGUCAUGAGAAAUUUUGCUUUAGAACGGAUCGUGUUGAGCUUCAGCUGCGACAGUGUUGCCGCCGCGACAGAACUCGCUGCGUCUGUGAACUUUGUUUGCGUCACAGGACGGCCCACCGUCCAAACUAGUUCCUGGGGCCCGAGUCAAUACCAGGCCGCACCUAGUGCGUGCCCACAUCGUGCCCCCUUAAUACAUCAUUGUUAGCAGGCCUUGGAAAUCUGAGGCUCUCAUUGUUGGCCAUAUAGACAAUGAACGAAGACUCCGAUUCGAUAUCUGAGGAAGAACGUAGUUUGUUCCGUCCUUUCACCCGUGAAUCAUUAGCAGCAAUCGAGAGACGCAUCGCAGAUGCCGAAGCAAAACAGCGCGAAUUGGAAAAGAAGCGAGCCGAGGGGGAGACUGGUUUUGGUCGGAAGAAAAAGAAAAAAGAAAUCCGCUACGACGAUGAGGAUGAGGAUGAAGGUCCGCAGCCGGAUUCCACACUUGAGCAGGGAGUGCCUAUCCCUGUUCGAAUGCAGGGCAGCUUCCCUCCGGAAUUGGCCUCCACGCCUCUCGAGGAUAUCGACAAUUUUUACGCGAAUCAGAGGACAUUCGUAGUAGUUAGCAAAGGAAAAGAUAUUUUUCGUUUCUCCGCAACCAAUGCAUUAUAUGUACUCGAUCCGUUCAAUCCUAUACGUCGCGUAGCUAUUUAUAUUUUAGUACAUCCACUGUUUUCAUUUUUUAUAAUAACAACCAUUCUUACCAAUUGUAUAUUGAUGAUCAUGCCUAGCACGCCGACCGUCGAAUCUACCGAGGUGAUAUUCACCGGCAUCUACACGUUCGAAUCAGCUGUAAAAGUGAUGGCGCGAGGUUUCAUAUUACAACCGUUUACUUAUCUUAGAGAUGCAUGGAAUUGGUUGGACUUCGUAGUAAUAGCAUUAGCAUAUGUAACUAUGGGUAUAGAUUUGGGUAAUCUCGCUGCAUUGAGAACAUUCAGGGUACUACGAGCUCUCAAAACAGUGGCCAUCGUUCCAGGUCUCAAGACCAUCGUCGGCGCUGUCAUAGAGUCCGUUAAGAAUCUCAGAGAUGUGAUAAUUUUAACAAUGUUUUCGUUAUCGGUGUUUGCUUUAAUGGGGCUGCAGAUCUACAUGGGCGUGCUGACGCAGAAAUGCAUCCGAGAGUUCCCGAUGGACGGUUCGUGGGGCAACCUGUCGGACGAAAGCUGGGAGCGGUUCAACAAUAACGACUCCAAUUGGUUCUUCUCGGAGACCGGAGACACGCCCCUUUGUGGAAACUCGUCGGGUGCAGGACAAUGCGAGGAAGGAUAUAUUUGUUUACAAGGUUAUGGAGAUAAUCCAAAUUACGGGUAUACAAGUUUCGAUACUUUCGGAUGGGCAUUCUUAUCUGCCUUUCGUCUAAUGACCCAAGAUUAUUGGGAGAAUCUAUAUCAACUGGUGUUACGAUCAGCUGGACCGUGGCACAUGCUCUUCUUCAUUGUGAUUAUCUUCUUGGGUUCGUUCUACCUUGUAAAUUUGAUCUUGGCCAUUGUCGCCAUGUCGUACGACGAACUCCAGAAGAAGGCCGAAGAGGAAGAGGCCGCCGAGGAAGAAGCGCUUCGGGAAGCCGAGGAGGCGGCUGCAGCGAAAGCGGCCAAACUCGAGGCCCAAGCAGCGGCAGCGGCGGCCGCAGCCAACCCGGAGAUCGCCAAGAGCCCGUCGGACUUUUCCUGCCACAGCUACGAGCUGUUCGUGAACCAGGAGAAGGGCAACGACGACAACAACAAGGAGAAGAUGUCGAUCCGGAGCGAAGGAUUGGAGUCGGUGAGCGAAAUCACAAGAACAACCGCACCAACAGCUACUGCAGCUGGCACUGCAAAAGCCCGUAAAGUGAGCGCGGGGGUCGCGGCAUUCCAGAAGGCUUCACUUUCAUUACCUGGUUCACCAUUUAAUCUUCGUAGAGGAUCUAGAGGAUCACAUCAGUUUACGAUACGUAACGGUAGAGGACGUUUCGUGGGCGUACCUGGUAGCGAUAGAAAACCAUUGGUACUCUCAACAUAUCUCGAUGCACAAGAACAUUUGCCAUACGCCGAUGACUCGAACGCGGUCACACCGAUGUCGGAGGAAAAUGGUGCAAUCAUCGUUCCAGUAUACUAUGCUAAUUUAGGUUCGCGACACUCAUCGUACACAUCGCAUCAAUCGCGCAUCUCGUACACAUCGCACGGUGACCUGCUCGGCGGCAUGACGAAGGAGAGCCGACUGCGGAACCGGUCAGCGCGCAACACCAAUCACUCGAUCGUGCCGCCGCCGAACAUGUCGGGGCCGAACAUGUCCUACGUGGACAGCAACCACAAGGGGCAGCGAGACUUUGAUAUGUCACAAGACUGUACAGACGAAGCUGGCAAAAUAAAACACAACGACAAUCCUUUCAUCGAGCCCUCUCAAACACAAACCGUAGUAGAUAUGAAAGACGUGAUGGUGUUAAACGAUAUCAUCGAGCAAGCUGCUGGUCGGCAUAGUAGAGCUAGUGAUCAUGGAGUGUACAUCUUUUCACUUCAUCGAUUUUCAUUUUGCUGUGAGGACGACGACGAGGACGGUCCAACGUUCAAGGACAAGGCCCUGGAGUUCACGAUGCGGAUGAUUGAUGUGUUCUGCGUGUGGGACUGCUGCUGGGUGUGGCUCAAGUUCCAGGAGUGGGUGUCGUUCAUCGUGUUCGACCCGUUCGUCGAGCUGUUCAUCACCCUGUGUAUCGUGGUCAACACGCUGUUCAUGGCCCUCGAUCACCACGACAUGGACCCGGACAUGGAGCGGGCCCUCAAGAGUGGUAACUAUUUUUUCACGGCGACCUUCGCGAUCGAAGCGACUAUGAAGCUGAUAGCGAUGAGUCCCAAGUACUACUUUCAAGAGGGCUGGAACAUAUUCGAUUUCAUCAUCGUGGCCCUGUCGCUGCUCGAGCUGGGUCUGGAAGGUGUUCAGGGAUUGUCAGUAUUACGUUCAUUCCGUUUGCUUCGAGUGUUCAAGCUAGCGAAAUCGUGGCCGACGUUGAACUUACUCAUUUCCAUCAUGGGUCGAACGAUGGGUGCGUUAGGUAAUCUGACGUUUGUGCUCUGCAUUAUCAUCUUCAUCUUUGCCGUGAUGGGAAUGCAGCUGUUCGGCAAGAACUACAUCGACAAUGUGGAUCGCUUCCCGGACAAGGACCUGCCACGGUGGAACUUCACCGACUUCAUGCACUCGUUCAUGAUCGUUUUCCGAGUGCUGUGCGGCGAGUGGAUCGAAUCCAUGUGGGACUGCAUGCUGGUGGGCGAUGUGUCCUGUAUUCCGUUCUUUUUGGCCACCGUAGUGAUAGGAAAUCUAGUAGUACUUAACCUUUUCUUAGCCUUGCUUUUGUCCAAUUUUGGUUCAUCGUCGCUGUCGGCACCGACGGCCGACAACGAAACGAACAAGAUCGCGGAGGCGUUCAAUCGGAUAUCGCGCUUCUCCAACUGGAUCAAGUCGAACGUCGCCAACGCGCUCAAGUUCGUGAAAAACAAGUUAACAAGCCAGAUUGCGUCCGUGCAGCCCGCAGGUGAGCAGCACAACCAUCUCAGUUGGAUAUGGAACGAAGAGCAUGGUGAAAAUGAGCUGGAAUUAACUCCAGAUGACAUACUGGCCGACGGGCUGCUCAAGAAAGGCGUCAAGGAGCACAACCAGCUGGAGGUGGCCAUCGGCGACGGGAUGGAGUUCACGAUACACGGCGACCUGAAGAACAAGGGCAAGAAGAACAAACAGCUGAUGAACAAUUCCAAGGUGAUAGGCAAUUCUAUUAGUAAUCAUCAAGAUAAUAAAUUAGAGCACGAACUGAAUCAUAGAGGCAUGUCCUUGCAGGACGAUGAUACUGCCAGUAUAAAGUCCUAUGGCAGUCACAAGAAUCGCCCCUUCAAGGACGAAAGCCACAAAGGCAGCGCCGAAACGAUGGAGGGCGAAGAAAAGCGUGACGUCAGCAAGGAGGACCUAGGAAUUGAUGAAGAGUUAGACGACGAGUGCGACGGCGAAGAAGGUCCACUGGACGGCGAACUGAUCAUCCACGCCGAUGAGGACGAAGUGAUAGAGGACUCCCCGGCGGACUGCUGUCCGGACAACUGCUACAAAAAGUUCCCGAUCCUGGCAGGGGACGACGAUGCGCCGUUCUGGCAGGGCUGGGCCAAUCUCCGGCUGAAGACGUUUCAGCUCAUCGAGAACAAGUACUUUGAGACGGCCGUCAUCACGAUGAUUCUGCUGAGUAGUUUGGCCCUGGCCCUCGAGGAUGUGCAUCUUCCCCAUCGACCAAUCCUGCAGGACGUCCUGUACUACAUGGACAGGAUAUUUACGGUGAUAUUUUUUCUAGAGAUGUUAAUCAAGUGGUUGGCGCUGGGUUUUCGAGUUUACUUUACGAACGCCUGGUGCUGGCUUGAUUUCAUAAUUGUCAUGGUGUCCUUAAUCAACUUCGUUGCUUCACUCUGUGGAGCCGGUGGUAUUCAAGCAUUCAAAACAAUGCGAACUCUUAGAGCGCUGCGACCGCUACGUGCUAUGUCCCGUAUGCAGGGUAUGAGGGUUGUCGUGAAUGCUUUGGUACAGGCUAUACCGUCCAUCUUCAACGUGUUAUUGGUUUGUUUGAUCUUUUGGUUGAUUUUCGCCAUCAUGGGUGUGCAGCUGUUUGCUGGAAAGUAUUUUAAGUGCGUCGACAAGAACAAGACGACGCUGUCGCACGAGAUCAUACCGGAUGUGAACGCGUGCGUGGCGGAGAACUACACGUGGGAAAACUCGCCGAUGAACUUCGACCACGUGGGGAAGGCGUACCUGUGUCUGUUCCAGGUGGCAACGUUCAAGGGCUGGAUCCAGAUCAUGAACGAUGCCAUCGACUCUCGGGAGGUGGGCAAGCAGCCGAUUCGCGAGACCAACAUCUACAUGUACCUCUACUUUGUGUUCUUCAUCAUCUUCGGUUCGUUCUUCACCCUGAAUCUGUUUAUCGGUGUUAUUAUCGAUAACUUCAACGAGCAGAAAAAGAAAGCUGGCGGCUCACUGGAAAUGUUCAUGACGGAAGAUCAGAAAAAGUACUACAACGCUAUGAAAAAGAUGGGAUCUAAAAAGCCGCUGAAAGCUAUUCCCCGGCCUAGGUGGCGACCACAAGCAAUAGUUUUCGAAAUAGUUACCAAUAAAAAGUUCGACAUGAUCAUCAUGUUGUUCAUCGGAUUCAACAUGUUGACGAUGACGCUCGAUCACUACAAGCAGACGGACACGUUCAGCGCGGUGCUAGACUACCUGAACAUGAUCUUCAUCUGCAUUUUCAGUAGCGAGUGUCUGAUGAAGAUAUUCGCGCUGCGGUACCACUACUUCAUCGAGCCAUGGAACCUGUUCGAUUUCGUUGUCGUCAUCCUGUCCAUUUUAGGUCUCGUACUGAGCGAUCUCAUCGAGAAGUACUUCGUGUCGCCCACCUUGCUCCGAGUCGUCCGAGUGGCCAAGGUCGGUCGUGUGCUGCGUCUCGUCAAGGGUGCCAAAGGUAUCCGAACGUUGCUGUUCGCGUUGGCCAUGUCCCUGCCGGCCCUCUUCAACAUCUGUUUGCUGCUGUUCUUGGUGAUGUUCAUCUUCGCCAUCUUCGGGAUGUCGUUCUUCAUGCACGUCAAAGACAAGAGCGGGCUGGACGACGUGUACAACUUCAAGACGUUCGGCCAGAGCAUGAUCCUGCUGUUUCAGAUGUCCACGUCGGCCGGUUGGGAUGGUGUGCUGGACGGAAUCAUCAACGAGGACGAGUGUCUGCCGCCGGACAACGACAAAGGUUACCCGGGCAAUUGCGGAUCGGCAACGAUCGGGAUCACCUAUCUGUUAGCAUAUCUUGUUAUUAGUUUUUUGAUUGUUAUCAACAUGUACAUCGCUGUCAUUCUCGAAAACUAUUCGCAAGCUACGGAGGACGUGCAGGAGGGUCUGACGGACGACGACUACGACAUGUACUACGAGAUCUGGCAGCAGUUUGAUCCGGACGGUACGCAAUACAUCCGGCACGAUCAGUUGUCGGACUUUCUGGACGUGCUGGAACCGCCGCUGCAGAUUCACAAGCCGAACAAAUACAAGAUCAUAUCGAUGGAUAUACCUAUCUGUCGGGGUGAUAUGAUGUUCUGCGUGGAUAUUCUGGAUGCGUUGACGAAGGACUUCUUCGCACGGAAAGGUAAUCCGAUCGAGGAAACGGCCGAGCUGGGCGAAGUCCAGGCGCGGCCGGAUGAAGUGGGUUAUGAACCGGUGUCUUCUACGCUGUGGCGCCAGCGGGAAGAAUACUGCGCCCGGGUGAUACAGCACGCGUGGCGGAAGCACAAAGAGCGCCAAGCAGGCGGAGGUGGCGGUGACGACACCGACGCCGAUGCCUGUGAUAACGACGACGGUGACGGUUGUGGUGGUGGUGAUGGUGGUAGUGCCGGCGGCGAAGCGACUAGUCCAGGAGUAGGCAGUGGUAGUAUCGUCGGCGGCGGCGGUGGAGGAACAACGCCGGGUUCUGGCGGCGGCGGUUCUCAGGCUAACUUAGGUAUAGUAGUGGAACACAAUCUAUCACCAAAGGAAUCGCCCGAUGGCAAUAAUGAUCCUCAAGGCCGUCAAACGGCCGUCCUAGUAGAAAGUGAUGGAUUUGUAACUAAAAACGGUCACCGAGUCGUGAUACACUCACGAUCGCCGAGUAUAACUUCACGAUCGGCGGAUGUCUGAGCCAGGCCUCGCCCCCCUCUCUCUGAUUCAGAUUCAGAAGCACGACAGAAAUAAUAUUUAAGGGAAACAUAAGAGUACUCUAAAACAAACAAAACCAACAAAAAGAUAAAACAAAAAUAUUCAAUAAUUAAAGGGAAAGCCGACUGCCAUAUAAUAAAUUUAAUUAUUUAAAAAAGAACAAAACUUUAAUCGCAUAGGGAAAAUCAGUGAACAAAACAACACACACUCUCUCUCAUGUGUACAGAAGAAAAGCAAAAGUGAACAACAGCAAUCUCAUUGAACAUAUAAGCGAAGAAGAAAGCGAACAACUACAAGCUCAACUGGACGAAGCGAAGAACUAUCGCAAUCGGGGUCAAAUACCAUUGCAAGGAUUCCGAACAAAUCGAGAAGAAGAACAAGAAGAAACGCGAUUCAACCUCCACUUCAGUUGCAAGGACCGUUAACAUUUCAGUUAUUCCCGACUUCGAGCGGUAGCGUGCGAGUGCUCGUUACAGUCUCCUACAACCUUUCGCCAAUACCAAAGAACCGAUCUGUUGACGGAAUUUUUCAGUUACCGAAAUCGACAACGUGAACUGUUACCGCAGCAAAACCAAAAUACACACAUACACAAAAAUGGUGCUGGGACCUUACCAUCGGAAUAUAACAAAACCAAACAAAACUUUUAAUUAAGCAGAAGUGAAACGGACAAUAUAUUACAGAAUUAACGCAAACGAAAACAAAUGGUAGUGAAAGUGAGCGAACAAUAAACAACAAACUGUAUCAAACAAACAGAAAACGAAACUAGGUGAAAAGCAAAACAAAGUGACAAGUGAUGAACUGAAGUGUAGACAAAUGAACAUAAAUAAAAGAAACUAGAACAAACAUGUGUGAUAUGUAAAAUAGCAUAUAAACAAACAUAAAACAAGAAGCAAGCCAGAAAAAUCCAAUAUCAAUAGACUUUCUUUUCUACGAGUGUGGACAAUGAGAACAAACACAAGUGACACAACCACGAACAAAUAUGAACUAGUAGAUGAAGAUACGGAAGAACCAAUCAGAUUUGAACAAACUCGACGACACAAUAAGAGGAACACACUAUUCCAACCGUACAUUUUUCAGCGUUUAGGCCAUUCAGGUAUUCCUUCGGUUCACGAGACACGUUACUUUCCCAACGUCUUCUUGGUUUUGUAUGGUUUCCUGAUCAAAACAACAACAGUACUGCUGCUACCACUACUACUGCAACUACUACUACCAAUCAGCAAUUACCACCACCACCAAAGGAACAACAACUUCGAAACAGAUAAGAAGGAAUCAAACAGUGGAAACUAGUACAGGAGUAAAGAAACCAAAGAUUUCAUCAAACUUCAUCAACCCGACGAACGUGGUGAGAGCGUUCCGGGAUGCAAACUAUACCGAAAUCAAGAGAAGUUGUAAAGCGGAGUAGAAAUGCGUUCAAAAUUCUCGAACAAAACUAAAAGAAGUUUAAGAAAAAGCAAUCAAAGCGAUGCGGUUGAGUUAUGUAACAACAUCAACAACUAAAAAUAUGCAAAGGAAGAAGAAAAAGCUGCUUUAAAACAAGAUCACAAUAUGCUAAGAAAAAAAAAAUACACACAAACGGAGACAUGUGAAUAAAGUGAGAUUACUAAAAAAGUAAAUAUAUUAUAUUGGCUAAAGCAAGAACAUACCGAGUCAUCAUGUGCAUUUUUAUUUUUUAUUUUUCUAUAAAGCAAACCAGAAAAAUGUAAAAAAACGCAAAAAAAAAACUUUCAAACAAACGGCAUUGCUGCGAUAAUGUUAAGGCUUUUUAUAUUACAGAUUAAGAGGAAAAAUAAAAAUCGCACAGGUUUUGUUCAACUAUUAUAAAGAGAAAAAAACAACAAAAAGAAGAUUUAUAAAAACAAAGCGACAACAACAAAAACGCUAAAAGAGAACAAAAAAUCAUUAUCAAUAUGUUUCUGCGUGCAAUAAAAAGAGAAAGUACUGUAAUUAUUAUAUAAUACAUUACUAAUUUGUAAAUCAAACGCGAGGGGUUGGGGCGAGCCUUUAAUUAAAAAUAAAAACCAAAACACUAGUCAAGCUUUUCAAAUAUUAUCAUUAAUGAAUAAUAUAACAAAUUAAAUUUAAAAAUAACAACUAAUUGUAAGUAAGGCUAAGUAACAAAUUUUUUGAGCAUUAACCCACGAAAUGAUGUUCGGUAAAUCAAAACAAAGAAAAGAAACAAAAACAAAAAAGUAAGCAAAUAAAACGCGAUCUAUUUUUUUAAAAGAAGGAAAUUACACGAACGCUAACAGAAAACAUUACAUUCAUACACGAACAAAACUACACUAACACCCACACAUAAUCAAAAAUAAAACAUUUUCUUCGUUCCUUUUGUUUGGUGUAUUUUCAUUCGAAUGCGAAAUUGGAACCUUCUCUCCUGUGCGCGUUUCACCCGAGCGCUAAGAGACGAACAAUCUCACCACAUCGCCACGCAAAACCCAUUCGCAGGUUCGGUCGUGCGUUGCCCACGUUCAUCUCCGGCAUGCGUCCGGCCAAUCAUCGUCACCCUUCUACUUCUUCUUACCCCUUACAGAGCUUCGCUUUGUUCGGCGUUUCUUGCAGGCAACGACGACAACAGUCGAACCUGGAUGGCUGCUGCGCGUGCGGAGUCGUGCUUGUCUCUCUCUGUUCAAAGGCUUCUGUGUGUUUACGAUUUCAGCAGAUAAACAUUUCUAGCUAUACAACUAAUGAGAAUAAAGUAGAUGUAAAGCGAGUAACGGAAGGGAAGAGAAGCGCAGCAAAUAAUGACUAUAGUAUAUGGAGCGUUUUUACAUACGAAAAAAUCGUCAAUCAAGCUGGAAAUGGCAUAAAAUUGACUAUUUUUAAUUGGUAUUUUUUGAAACAGUUACCUACUCAUAAAACACAAACACACACACACAGACAUAUAUACACAUUUAGUGAGAAUCUGUCAAACAGCAGCUAGAAUUUCACAAAACUAAAAUUAUAAAAAAAAAAUUAAAAAAUGCGAGGUAUCAGCAAAAAAACGCAAAAGUCGCAAACUGUAAAUUACUUUUCAUCACUUAGUUUGAAGCGAGAACGAAUUUGUCAGAUGAGUAUAGUAUAUGUGAUUUAAUUUCCACUAGCAAUGAGAGCGCGAGAAAGAGAGAUUGAGGGCGAGAGUGAGAAUAGUAACAAUUGCAUCUUAGUUUACAUUUUGUCAUCCAAUCGAAAAGAUAAAAGAAAUCUAGUAGUCCGAAAAAUGUAUUUAAAAAAAAUACAGACGAACAGAUGGAAUGGAACGGAAUAAUAACAGAAAGAGAACCAUACCAAAGAUUUAACUAUAAAGAGCGACUAGUUAGACACAAACAACAUAAAAAUACCAAACCGGAUAGAAAGAGGGAACGAAUACCAAGUGAACUAGUGAAACCAAACAGAGAGGAGCGAUUAGAACGAACACGCAUGCACACACACAUAUAGGAACAUUUAAGUAAUUUUAUGCAUCGUCGAUACGAAUUGUUUCUUGCCACACUCUCUUGAGAAAGUAAAACCAUUGGAGAAAGGAGUAUUGAGUAAACAAAGCGCGCAUGAGAGAAAUGAAAAGGAUUGGCAAAUACCAAAAUAAGAACCUCGCUUGAAUCCCACGGAGCAAUCCCCUGCUGCGUAACAAUCUUUUUGUCGUCAUCGUCGCCGCCCUAGAUUAGUUACAUCUUUUUCCGCAAUAUAACGCGACAAACAACAGUCAUUAUACAAAGUAAACCGCCGCGCAACUGACGCCACUCAUUCGUCCGUCUAUUUUGCACUAAACUUACACAUACUCGUACAUUAAUACGAUCGCUAAAUAGUACACACACAAACAACAUACGCAUGCUUAUAUGCUCGAUUGAGAACAUAGCGAGUGACACGAGAGACCCACGCGCGCGGGCACUCACGCUCCCACAAAAAAAAAUGAAGCAAAAACCAAUAAAUUGACAAAACACUUAUACAUUUAUACUUAAAUAACACAAGCAAGUAUAAAAAGAAUUUAACUGAAAUACAAAUGCUUAUAAAAUAAAUAAAAAAUAUUAAAAAGAAAUUAAACAUAAAAUGACGGGAGCGCCGAUCCCCUUUGUCCACAAAGAAACAACAAUUUCAGUGCCUUUUUUCACGAGUGUAUGAAGGAAAACAAAACAGUUUACGAUGAACUAAACAAAACAAAAAAAAAGUUAAGCAAACACACACAAGAAUUACAUAGGAUGCCGUCGCGAGCAGAUUAAAUUUAAUUUGCGAGUGUAGAAAUUAUAGAUCAGAACCAGCGCGAGAAAGGAAAACGGAAAAGCGUAGCCGUGCCGCGAGUUGUGUGAGUUCCGCGAAGCUUUCCCAUCCGCGCACAGUGUGGCAGCGACUUGCGCAUCAUCGCGCCACCGUCGCCGCCUACUCUUGUAUAGUUCCGCGCACGCGCGCGCGCUUAGUUUUAGCUUUAGCUUGUAGUAGUAGCAGUAGUUGUGAGCCAAAAUCCAAAAUCCACGAAAUGCGAAUUCCUCUCUAGAUGUUGUUGGCUUUUAUCCGAAGAUGAAGGGAAGCUAGUUUUUUGAACAUUUCGUUGUUUGCUGCGCCCUUCCGCCAAUGCGGAAGUUUGAAAUGACGUCCUGCAGACGACGCGCAUCGCUUAUAUUGAGUAGGAGGAACAAUAUCAAACGAACCAUUAGACGAGCGCACCGAGUAGCGCGUGGCGCCAACCAAAUCGCAAUCAAGAGAGUAGGGGAGAGAUGAUAUUUAGUAGUAUGCUGCUUUAUAGUCACUGACAUUUAGAAGAAAAGAAUCAGUGGAAGUUUAAUAAAUACAUGUAAGCGUUAAUGUUAAAAACGAGACAUGCCGGAAAAUCAGCUGAGCGAGGCUUCAAGCGAGGUUCAAUUUUGGAAUACGGAAAUGCUGGCUAUUUGGAUGGUUUUGAAGUUGAACACACCGACACCAAACGCGAUAGUUUGAUUUUUGGGGAGAUUUGUUGCCAACGAAUGAGCGAGGCUGUGUGAAACCCAAUUUUUAAACCGGUCCAUGUUUUAGGCUUGUUGAAGUAACUGCAACUUAGAUACCGUUAUCGAUUGAAAGAGGUUGAGAAUAAUAUUCAGCUUUCUUUCAAUCACUUUAUCGUUCAAAAAUAGCAAUCAAUAGUAAAAAGGCUGCUAUCGAACCCUGAAGAAGAUCUCAUUCCAGGAACGAAACGUUGGCAAUAAAGUAAAAAUUACUAAAUGGACCUUUAAUUUAGCAGAUGAUGUAUAUAUGUCAAAAUAUUUCUGUUAAUUCUGUUCUAAGAAUACGCUCACGACUAAGCCGGUGGUUAAGUGCAGAUUGUAUCGACACUAACACUCUCUCAUUCAUGGGUCGUGAGCACCCUUAAGGGUACACAGUGCUAACAUAAAAGAUUCACAUUCUAGGUGACUGCUAGCUUUAGCCUUGAUCUGGGCCCAGGUUAAAUUCCUAACAACUUCUUUUAUUUCUUUGUUGGGGCUUCGUCGCCACCAGCUCCUCGGACUGUCUCUGUUGCGGAGUCUUGCUGAAUUCCAGCGGCAGCGCUUGCUGGCGAAUUUCGUCUCCGCUUUCAUUUACGAUCUCUAAUUUCUGUUGAUAUAGAUAUCGGUUUUUGAUAGCAUCAUUGUUGGAGCUCUCACCAUUCGAGAUCCACUAGGCCCUAUUUUUUUCUUCAUGUCUUCCUCAGAUUUGACUUCCUUGGGAUGCUUCCGUAGUGCCUGCUUCAUAAUUGGUCAAUAUUUUUUGAUGGGCCUUAGUUUCGGUGCGUUGAAGGGGUUCAUGUCCUUGGGUACGAAAGUGACCCCGUUGGCUUCGUAAAACUUCAAAACAACAUUUGAAUAGUGGCACGAAGCAAGAUCCGGUCAGUCGUAGCACUCCCGUUUUGUUUUAACAGAGGAAACAGACGCCUUUGAAGAAACUUCUUGAGGUGAAUCACCCCGUUUACAGUCCCGGUAGUCACAAAUGGCGCACUCUGCUUACCACGUGAUCAGAUCGCUUGCCAAAUUAUGUACUCCUUGGCAAACUUUGAAAGUUUCUGCAUCUUUACGUCCUUUGGAACUGCAAACUUUUGCUGGGCGGUGAAGACUGUUCUUGCCCCGGAAGUGCUCCUUGACGUAAGUCUCAUGAUCUAUGACAAAGGAAGGAUUCGUCAGCAACUGGGUGUUCAGUUUCCAGAUCCCAUCGUAUUUUGCCGUUCGUCACAAGACUUUUGCACUUUGUACAAAUGCAGUCCCUCUCGGUACUUAGUUCUCCAAACGAAAGACUUGAACAGAUUCAACUUUCUGGCCACAUUCCUAACCGAAACAUUGGGAUUCCGUAUAAAUGCAUUUACGACACGCUUGUGAACGCAUUUCUCCCUCCGUUCGAUGCUCAGAGCUUCGUAGUAACGUUUAAUCACACGACUCACCGUUGACAGCACAAUUUCGAGCUGUUUUCCGAUGUCAAUUCGCGAUGUUGUUUUUUGGAUGACGGUUUUUUUUCUAAUUUUGAAAAACUGACAGCGAUAAAAUACAGUGUAAACAAAACACUCUGAACUACUUCUACCCACAUGUUUCGUAAAUAAAAGCAACCCCAGUCUUCUCGGUCCGUGCUACUAUCUCGAUCUUGGUUCCGCCAUCCGACAGUGCAAAAGAACUGACUUUUCUCCCAGUUAGUAUUUUUUAGAAAAAUGGCAUGACCGAAAAUAGAUAACCAAAAAAUGAUAUGUCGAAGAAGUCAUGGUUUGAACCCAGUCACCUUUAAUACGGCUUGCUUGAUUGACAGGCCUCUCGGAAUCCAAAACAAAAAGUACUCGCGUUUUCAAAGGCACCUCAUUCAAAUCGGUGUGCAAUUCAACAUCGCACAUAUGAAUCACCCAUCAUGUUUGCACUCGCGACUUACCUCGUGAUGAAGGAGGAAUUGACUGACUGCGAAUGUGUCUCUUGCAUGCGAUGGCUGCUACGAUCUGUCAUGUGACUGAGGAACAGUAUAUUAGACUUGUUCAUGUCCAACGUCACACAAUCGGAAGCAACGCACAUCUGUCAUUUUUAUUAUUCCACGCAUGCUGCGACGCAGCAAAUACUUGUCAUUGUAUGAAAGUCUUAUUCUCGAACUACAGAAGGCCCCUGUAAACGAUUCUAUUUUACGGUACCAAGAGUCCAAGAUCCCAAAAGUGAUAACAAAAAAUUUCAAAUAGGCUUGCACAAAGUCACUCACUUCGUUGGCGCAUCAAAUCUCCCACGCUCUACGUCCAUUCGUGCUAAAUGCCGUCGUGCAUUUUCUACCGUCAAGCACCAAAGAAUCUAGUACCAAUAAUGUAUUCUCCAAUACACACACAAACGUAUAGAAACCAAUGAAAAAAAUUACACAGAACCAAAAGCCAACUGUCUAUAUCAGAAUAGACUUAUCGCAAAUUGAUUGAUAUUUAUGUAAAAGUGUGCAGCAUUUUUAUAGUCCAGUCGCCGUUUAGCUCGAUAGAGUCAACACUAGCGCAGAAUAGAGAGUAUUUCAUGCAGCAAAAUAGGAUCGAUAGAAAGACAGAAUUUGUAUAGUCAGAAGCUAGAAGAAAAAGGAUUCGGUAAAGAAAAAGUUUUUUUUUUUUUGAAAAUAUGUGCAGAAGUAGAGCGAGCGAGAUUCGUAUUUUGACAUAACACACACAUACUUUUUCACACUUGAACACACCAACACAGGAUAGAAUGAGAAAACAAAAAGCUAUUGCGCAGCAGUCCAUAUCUUCUAGGUAAACGUAAUGAUUUCUUUUUUUGAUCAUUAGUUUGAUGGAAAUAGAACCACAGGAAAAUGAUAAUACUAAAGAAUAGAGCGAACGGUAAACAAAUUCAUGUAUAUAGCGACUUCCCCAGCUAUAUGAUGAUGAAACCAGUUAGGAAAAUGAUGGUAAACCAAGAUUUAGAGCUAUUUAUAGAUUUAUUUAAUCCUCAUUAGGGUACGAAACGUAAGAUUAUUCAUAUACUUGAGUAUUAGCAUCAUCAGUUUUCCUAGUAUUAUCUAGUUUCAGGUGUCUCAUUGCUGUAAUGCAAAAUCAACACAUCACCAUAAAUCGUUCACACAAACACAUCAACAUCUCAAUCACCACGCCCAGCUGUGUUAAGCAAAGAAGACAGUGCUGGAAAAGAUCAGUGAAACGAAAAAAAAAUGAAAGAAGAUCAGACAAUGAAACAAUUUGCUUAUCAAACGUUGCAUAAAUAUUAAACUUGUUGUAAUGACUCACAUUUUUCUCAAUUAUUCGAUCGAAACGAAAACAAACAAAACGGAAAAAAAGAUAUUUCUGUUAGCAUAAUUCUCAUUUGUUAAGUUUUUCUCUUUGUCAUCAUUAAGCUAAUAUUUCAAAAUGAAAAAAAAAGAAUAGCACAAGGUUCAAUAAAAACAAAUCUUUGAAACAAAACCAAGAGAUAAUCUUAAGAUGUUUUCAUUUCUUUUCUCCAAUUUCUUUCGCUUAACAGCCUACGAAAAUUUUACCGUUAAAAAUUCCCUGAUCAAAUCUCAUUGCCUCUACAGUGCGUUGUUUCCGACAGUUUUGACAACCGAAAAAGGUAUUGACCACCGCUGCGACCAAUUUUCUCCCUCCCUUUUAUGCGAAGCAAGAAAACAAAUAAGCUGUAAUUUACACGGACACGAUUGAUAGUACAUCGUGCACAUCUAGCAUACACUCACACAUGCACACGAAAGAACAAUAGGGAGGAACCGACGAUUCCACACAAUGGACAACGUCACGAAACCACACCCGAGCAGUGGCUGGUCGGUGUCAUUUGGAAUUCUUUCGCACCUGCCAAACCCACUCCGGCGAUGCUCAUUCGUGGUAGGUUGUCAUUAUUCAUUUACCAUUUUGUAUUUUUAUUUCAACGAACGGCGAACGAGCGAGGACUACAUUUUCACGAAGAAGCGCCUCUCCGACUCAAUAAUUUUUUUUCUCUUCAAAACAAUUCAAUAUCGUCUCAUCAUUCUUCCUCUCGAAGUUAAAGAUUCAAUAAAAAAUUGUUUUUUCUUAAAACAUUUCUAAACAUAUCAUGAUACAAAUUUUGUUCAAAUAAUGUUUAUAAAAUUUUACCUUCAAAAUAACAAAUGGUUUGCACAAGAGAGCAUGCUCCAAAAGCGCGAGAGUGAACUGAACACAUGCAACCUUGUAAAAAAGUUCGUCCCAUUUCCAUGAAAAAAAGUACGUGCGAUAAACUAAGAUCUACGCAGUCAUGUGAACUUGUAGAUGUUUAGCUAACGUGUCUCGAUAAAAACAAAGUAUAUAAUGUAAAAAUGUAGGUAUCGAAACUUUAAAAAAAAUGCUAAUAAAGCGUAUAGCAAGACUAAUCAGAAUUUGAAUAAAAUAGUUCGCUUUUGAUUGCAAUGUGAUUUUAUAGAACUUAAAGAAGGGUAAUAACGAAUUAAGCUUAUAAUAACGCAUAGCAUCCAAUUGCACCAUUUGCUUACACUUUGCAAUUUUUUUAUGUCGGAAAAUAAUCGUGUGUGCAUUUUUUGCGGAUGUUUUUGUGUCCUCUACAUGGAGUAAUAUCGAUCAUCGAGAGAAAUCAAUUGAUAAAAGAUAUUUUGGCUUAAAGUACAAGAACGGGUUUCACCCCUUUACCAAUUGUAUUUUUCUAAUAAUCGUGGUGAACUGAUCGAAUGAGAAACACGAAAAAAUAUCACUUCGUGAGUUAGACCAUUUAUUUCACUCUAUUUCAACAUAACAAACCGAGCAUAACAGCUUUCUUGUGUGAAGCAUUUUCUUGUCAUUUCAACAAUUGAGGCGUGACCACCAACCUACCAAGAAUGGAAUCGAGGAAUUUUAGACACCUACCAACUAUUAACGAUCACACUCACACACCGCCACAAUUACGGAAAUUUCAUCCGAACCAAUCCAUACCAAAAAGAAACUUAAAAAAACACAACUCAAAGUUCGCGCAAUAUUCAUAAAGUGUACGAACGAUUGUAUCAAUAUUUGUAAAAAAAUGAGAUAAGAAAGUUUAUUAAUUCUUAUAAUUCUAUUAUCUGCUUUUCAAACAGUGUUUGAAAGAAACAAAAGCCAGUUCGUUCGGUGUUUUGGUACAUUCCGGAUAACACUCAUACACAGGCCACAUUCACCUAACACGUAGGCACUUUUUUCAAUGGAGAACCGUAAUAGCGUGGAACAAAAUAGGAGGAAAGAAACAAAGAACAAGUCCAAACGAAAGAACACACACAUUGACACAGACAUUACACAUACUCACAUUCACACGAACAAACGCAGAACUAAGUAUUAAUUUGGAUAUUUACUAUUACUUUACUACAAGAACAAAACAACAACCAAAAAAAAUAAAAAAAAAACGCGAAAAAAGAAACCAAGCGGGAGGAAAAAAGAUGAAAAUGAUUAUAGAUUUAUUAUUAAUUAUGAUUAUUAUGAAGAAAAAAAAUUGUUGAAGUUUGUACAAAUAAAAAAUAAAUGACAAAAAUAUAGAACUUGACUGCUUUACAAAAA